CACAGCUCGAUGCACCUAUAUCUCAGUUCUCUGGAUUAAGUGGCUGAAAUCAGAUGAUUUGCCUCUACUUUUGUGUUCACGUUUAUUAUCUUGAGGCAGUGGAUGGAUCAGGCUACAAGAAUGUUGCACAACAGACCAGAUGCUGAUCGAGCCCAGAAGCAUGGCAUGGACGAGUUUAUUUCAGCUAACCCCUGUAACUUUGACCACGCCUCGCUGUUUGAGCUUGUCCAGCGCCUCACUCUGGACCACAGGCUUAAUGACUCAUAUUCCUGCUUGGGCUGGUUUAGUCCUGGUCAGGUGUUUGUCUUGGAUGAGUACUGUGCUCGUUAUGGUGUUCGAGGCUGCCAUCGCCAUCUAUGUUACCUGAGCGAUCUGCUGGAGAGGGCAGAGAAUGGAGCCAUGAUUGAUCCCACACUGCUGCACUACAGCUUCGCCUUCUGUGCAUCCCAUGUCCAUGGAAACAGGCCCGACGGUAUCGGCACAGUCACUGUUGAGGAGAAAGAGCGCUUUGAGGAAAUCAAGGAGAGGCUACGGGUGCUUCUUGAAAACCAGAUUACACACUUCCGGUACUGUUUUCCAUUUGGAAGACCUGAAGGGGCAUUGAAGGCAACUCUGUCCCUGCUCGAAAGGGUUUUAAUGAAAGAUAUUGUCACCCCAGUCCCACAAGAGGAAGUCAAAGGUGUGAUCCGUAAGUGUUUGGAGCAGGCAGCUCAGGUCAAUUACCAGCGUCUGUCAGAGUAUGCAAAACUGGAAGAAAAUGUGGGAAGGCUUGCCACCCCUGCCAAAAAACUGGAGGACACGAUCCGUUUGGCUGAGCUGGUGAUUGAGGUGCUUCAGCAGAAUGAGGAACAUCAUGCUGAGGGAAAAGAGGCCUUUGCAUGGUGGUCAGAUCUGAUGGUGGAACAUGCUGAGACCUUCAUGUGUCUCUAUUCGACCGAGAUGGAUGCAGCUCUUGAAGUUCAGCCACCUGACAGCUGGGACAGUUUCCCUCUCUUCCAGCUGCUCAAUGACUUUCUGAGGAUGGACUAUAACUUGUGCAAUGGGAAGUUCCACAAACACUUGCAAGACCUGUAUGCCCCCCUGGUAGUCCGAUAUGUUGACCUGAUGGAGUCUUCCAUUGCUCAGUCUAUUCACAGAGGCUUUGAAAGAGAAUCAUGGGAACCGGUUAAUAAUGGCUCAGGGACAUCAGAAGAUCUCUUCUGGAAGCUUGAUGCUUUGCAAACAUUCAUCAGAGAUCUCCACUGGCCAGAAGAAGAGUUUGGAAAACACCUUGAGACCCGACUGAAGCUGAUGUCUAGUGACAUGAUAGAAUCCUGUGUCAAACGGACAAGGACAGCCUUUGAGGCCAGGCUUCAGAGGAGCAGCCGGACCACAGACUUCCGAGUGCCUCAAUCCAUCUGCACCAUGUUUAAUGUCAUGGUGGACGCCAAGGUCCAGUCAGCCAAGCUGUGUGCCAUGGACCUGGGGCAGGAGAGGCAAUAUCACUCCCAAAUCAACAAUCUAAUUGAGGAGACGGUGAAGGAGAUGAUUACUCUGCUAGUAGCUAAGUUUGUCGUCAUUCUAGAGAGUGUGUUAACCAAGCUUUCCAGAUAUGAUGAGGGAACACUUUUCUCUUCUUUCCUGUCUUUCACAGUAAAAGCUGCUUCGAAGUAUGUGGACGUGCCUAAGCCAGGGAUGGAUGUAGCUGACAGUUAUGUGACAUUUGUCCGUCAUUCCCAGGACAUGCUGCGGGAGAAGGUCAAUGAGGAGGUGUAUGUAGAGCGAAUAUUUGAUCAAUGGUACACGAGCACAAUGACCCUUAUAGGAACAUGGCUGACUGACCGUGUGGACCUGCAGCUCCAUGUUUAUCAGUUGAAGGUUCUCAUUAGAAUUGUCAAGAAAAAGUACCGUGACUUCCGCCUUCAAGGGGUACUGGACUCUACGCUAAACACUAAGAUGUACGAAACUGUAAGAAACCGACUAACCUUGGAAGAAGCCACGGCAUCGGUGAAAGAAGGAGGGAUGCAAGGCAUUUCAAUGAAGGACAGCGAUGAAGAAGAUAACGACAACUAGAUCAAAAGAGUUGAAAUAAUAAUGAUUUCAGUGUUUUUCAAAGGGUCAGGUAUAUUGCCUGACAGUCCACACCAGUCCUUCUAUAGAGUCAAAAUAAUUUGGCCUGUUCCCUCCAUUGCUUGGUUUUAGUUUUUCUGUUGCCAAUACUUCCACAAUUCUGUUAAAUUUAUGACAUUUAUUAUUAUGUUUAUACUAUUAUGUAUCUUUAAAAACCUUCAAGUGUGUCAAUAAUCAUCACUUUAAAUCUUCAAAGCUAAAUUUCCAAAUAAUUAAGGCUUGUACCUAAAUUAUCUUUUGCCUUAAUUAUUUAGUCUUUGUAUUCUGUUCUUGUUUAUACUUUGAGAAAAACAGUGUUGUCUCUGCACUUCUGCUGGAAAAACUCUCAAGUGAUUUAGGCCAUUAUACUGUGAUUUCAAGAAAAACAGUAAAACUAAUACAUGUGUCUGUCUAUUCCAAAGUCUGCCUGCAAAUGCAGGAUGAACUUUGCACUGUCAAAUUCACAUCGUGUCUGAUGGAAGUGUCGCAAGAAAAUAUGGAUAUUUAUUUGUUGGUAUUCACCUGGCCCAAAACAGCUAAAUUAAAGCAUUCAGAAGUUUUUUUUAAUGUUUUCCACCAAUAUGGAUGACAGUUUUCUUUCCAUAUGAUAUGACUAUGAAAAAGUAAUUAUCUUGUUUUGUUGCACCAGAUGUGAAAGUGAUUUAAAUUCUCUUCCUUUGUAAUGGUUCAGCAUCAUUUCUCAACUAAAAAAAUCAAAUUAAUGUUUUUUUACAUUAUGUGAUGUUAUAGGAUGUGACAGUGACGGUUUGUUUUUUGCAGGCUCUAAAACAUGCUUUGCAAUUGCCAACAGCAAAUGUGAGACAACAAAAGAAAUUCAGCACAUUAUCAACAGUACGACUGGUGGUCACAUAGAAUCAUUUUACACCAACAAAAAAUAUACAUUUGAAUACAUCUUUAGAAACCCUAUCGCUAGUGUCAUAUGAUAGGAACUGUGUCAAGUUUUCAGGGUGUAACAAGUGUUAGAGGUUCAACAUUACAAGUGUUUGGUUCAGUGUAUGAAUCAAAUGAUUCCUGUCUAGUAAUCUAAAUCUAAAUGUCAUGUGGUGUAUGGAAGGGCAGAAUGUGAAUUCAGAGGACAGGGUUCAAAAUUGGACCUUUAUUUAAAGCUGACAGGUGAAAAACAAAGUCAAAAAAUAAUAGUGGUAAGUCUACAAUGUCUAACACAUAGAGAACAAAUCCUACAAAAACACAAAAAUGGGGGUUCAAAUAAAUGGAGGUAAAUGGAGAAAUAGAAAACAGCAGGGAACACAGAUGGAACUAAUCAGGGAAAACAAGACAAAAGAAGUAGGAAAACCCAAAUAAUUCAAACUAAGAAGGCCUGAGAAUAUAAACACAAACAGAAAACCUAACAAGAUUUCAAGAACGAAGCAGUAAACGCUGAAUGGAGACUGGAGGGUGUUCUCCAACUACAGGGGUGGAAUCACACUCCUUACUUUCCCUGGGAGUGUGGACUGGAGAGAAGAGCUUGUCUGUUAGUCGAAUGUUGGAUACAAGAGGAUCAGUGCGGUGUUUGUGGUUUUCAUGGAACACUGAACCAGCUCUUUAUUCUCUCAAGGACAAUUGAGGGUGGGUGGGAAUUUGCCCAACUAGCCUACAUGAGAUUUGUGGACCUAGAGAAGUAAUUUGUCCACAUCCCUCGGCGUAUCCUGGAGUAUGUGGUGUCUGGUCCAUUGCUAUGACCUGUUUUAUCCCUCUAUAAUCAUUGCACGAGCUUUGUUUGCAUUGCCGGCAAUAAGUCGGACUCAUUCCUGGUGCGUAUUGGACUCCACCAGGGCUACCCUUUGUCACUGACUCGCUUUGAAGUUUUUAUGGACAGGUUUUCUAGGCAUAGCCAUGUGGCAGAAAGCUUCCACUUUUGUGGCCUCAGAAUCUCAUCUCACCUUUUUGCAGAUGAUGUGGUUCUUGUUGGCUUCAUCAGCCAAGUGUGAGUAAUUGGGAAUGAGAAUCAGGACCUCCAACUCUAAGGCCAUGGUCUCAGCUGGAAAAGGGUGGGGUCCCUACUCAAAUUCAGGGACGAGUUACAACCCUAAACGGAGGAGUUUAAGUAUCUUGGGGUCUUGUUGACACGUGACUGAAGAAGGGAGCUUGACAGACAGAUUGUAGGCCGGAGCUGCAGUGAUGCUGACGCUGCAUCAGACCGUUGUGGUGAAGAGAGAGCUGACCUCUUGAUUUAUCAGUCAAUCUGCGUGGCAUGCUAUCUACGUGCUCAGACUGGUGAACCAAAAUUGAGGAGCUCAUUUAUGUUAAUGUACUUAUACUCCUAAACUAAAAGUUUAGAGUAUUAUGGAUUUGGCUUUCCACCAAUUGACAGAGCAAGCUACUUUCUGUUUUCUUUUAUUGCUAAACUUGGUGCCUAAAUAACAGUGAAAUAGUGAAAAAAAAUUGCAUGUAGCAAAAUAUCAAGAUGUCAAAUUUAAACAAUAUGCUGUUAUGAUGUUAUUAUGUAUUUGCCUUGCACAAAAAUGGCUUAUAUGUCACAGAUGCAGCAAACAGAGAGCUGGUAGAGAGCUUGUACUGUUAGAGUAUAAUUGUACUUUUUGGUUUUGUUUAUUUAUUUUUGGGGGUAAAUCGAUAAAAUAAAAAAAAAGUAUGGGGUUAUGGAUGGUCCCUGAACAUUAACAAGAAAGUACAUGAAACAAAAUAUGGAGUGCAUAAUCAGUUCAACAUAUGUAGUUGGACUUAAAUGAGGCACACCUAAAUGUUAUUAGUCUGUCAGUGCACCCAGAUUUUUUGCAUGACUUGAAAUUGUGGCCACAAAAUAAUGUGAAGGAAUAAUGUGUUAAAUAUCGGUAUGUAUGUGUUUUGUGCAGUAGAACUGGAAGACAACCCUUUGUGAGUUGCAGGGUCAUCACAAUACACACAAUCACUUUUUUUCCCUUUACAAAGUAAAUGAUGCACUGCCAGUAAUUUAAGUAUUUGGUUAAACGGCCACAGAUAAAUAUAUGAGCAGCACAAGCUGUGUGCAUUAGUUUGAACAUCAACCUUGCAUCUCUGGCUUUUCCUAACUUUGUUUGGUUUAUGCAUAUAGUACAGCAAUACACUUGUAGUUCGAUUUUUAAUUACACUUCUAGAGCAAUUUUUUUCAACAUUUUUCACAUUUUAAA